CAGAAGCGACAAAACACUUUCCACAUUCAUGACAUGAAGCUUGUUGAGGAAACGAGCAAUUCAUGAUGAAAACAUACCAAGCAUGGAUGACUCUGGCGUGGAUGGGACUGCAUCGGCAAAAGAUCUGACAGGUUCAUGUAAGAAGUGUCAGAGCGUUGAAAAGAGAUACGGAGAAAUAUCCUGUGCUCCGAAUUUGUUUGUCAUUCACACGGAACGUUCCAUUAUUUGCGAUGGGAAGAAAUCUGGACAUUUGAAUGAAAAGAAAAAAGUAAUUGGCAGAAUAGAUAAGGUUGUAUCAGCCAUAAGGAACAGUGGAGGUGGGGAUCUGUUGGUCCACAUUAACGGCCAGGAACCGGAAGAUAGGUGUCUGGAACAGUUUGGUGAAGCAAUUACAAAGCAUUUGUCGGAUCUCAUUGAGGAUGGACAAUUGUAUGUAGAUGUAUACAGAAGACAAUGGCUGUCAGACCUAUCCUUGUCUGAUUUUCGGAAUGAUACUGACUUCAUAUUGCUGAAUGUGAAAAAGGCACGUGGAGUAGCGACUGUGGAUUUCAAUACGAAAAUACGGGACGAUAUUGCCAACGAAAAUCCCUCAUAUAUCACUGUAGCAUGUUUACUAUCCACAACCAAGCCAAAAGGAACACACAGUUCUGAAUACCAGAGUACUCAAACUGACACUGUCGGCGGCAGUACGAGACAGAGUGCAUCUUUGUUCCAUAACCCACAGAAAUAUCACGAAAAUAGGAACAUAGAAAACAAGGCAUUGAAAGCUGACAUCUUGAGAAAGAUUGGGAAUUGUGAUUCUAGUUUCACAGAUCACAUCUGGACGAACCUGAAACUAAAGGACAAUGUGACGUCAAUGUCAAAGGUGGAGAAUGGAGGUUCCUUUUACGUUGGAAUUGCUGAGCAGCAAAAGAAAUACACAGAGUAUGGCACCAAAGUGCCGCACAUUGAAGGGUUUAAAUUAGCACUUGACCCACAGGUCUUAACUGACUGUUUACUAAACAAGAUCAAAGAAAACGUGAUAGUUUUAAAAGAUGGGACUUUCAUUGAUGCUCCAGAUGACCUUGUUAAGGUACGCUUCCAUAAGGUAGACAGUGGUUGUGUAUUAGAAGUUGCCGUGCGGUAUUGUGAAGGGAUUGUUUUUUAUGACAAAGAGGGGCCAAGGGCAUACGAAGUGAAAGACAACAAAAUUCGUCGUGUUGACAAAGAAGUGUGGUUACGACGUUUUAGUUGUCUACGAAUGACAAGAGAGCAUUGACUUCUUUCAAAAUGUCAGACAGUGACUCCAGCGUGACCAGCUCGUACAGUUCUGAUGGGCCAUACUUCAUGUCGUACGGGAAGACAUAUGAUGGUACAUCUGUCUCUAAUGAACCUGACGGAAGUGCAAUGAUCUCAGAUUACGUAUUCCCAUCAAGCGUACUAUCACGGGCUGAGCAAAAUGAAAUGCUACGUAUACUGCGUGAAGAAUCAAAGCAACCGUCCGUUUGGAUCUUUCCUCGAAGUGUGUGCAAGUACCUUUCAGCCGAGUUUUCCCAGAUCACAGAGCGACUGGAGGAGCUGCUUCAACAAGACUGUGCUGUGAUCAUAGCAGGUCGUACUUUACUGAAUCUUACAGAAGGAUCAUGGCAGGAGCGAGUACCCGAAAGCGUCAUAUGUAAUGUUUGUGUUUUCUCGCCUGCACACCCUGUCAUGAUCCUCACGUUUUCUACUCCAUCAAGCAGACCCGAGACAGCUGCUGGAUACAACUCAUGCUUGGCCAGGUCAAUCAUAAGAGCUGUAAUUGACGAAACUCAGGUGAAUUUUAAUGUCUUUCGUGGAGUUAUAGACGAGAAUGUGUGUCAGACACGGGAGACAUUCCUUGAAAGGAUACAGCAUUUGAAGAGCAUCUCUCAAGUUCUGGGCUCUCUAUCUAAUCCUACUCAAGAUAUGGUCACCUUACUGGAACCCUUUCUAAAACUUCUACAUGCUUCUCAGCUACAACAACAAAGUGACAGAGAGAGCCAGGAACAAGGCACAGUGACAGAAACGACUAGAAUGCAGGAGGCUUCCCAUCCUGGAUUAGAUACAGCUGCAGAUGAAAAGAGGAUAGUAUCAGCACUUUCUGGACUACCCGCUACUGACAAAUCUCCAAAUCUGGAGGCAGCUACUACUGGUGCAAAUGACAAUGGACAUGCCCCUAUUCAAAGACGAGAGUUUACAGAACGAAUACUUAUAUUCCAGUAUGACGUUCUUCUGAAGAGGAUCGAGCAGCUGGAACAAAAACAGGAAGAUAUCCUACAAGAAAAGGAAAAGUUGCACCAGGAUCACUUGACCGAUGUACGACUGUCCCUUUUGAUGAGGCCAAGAUCAUCCUCAAUCUCACAGUCUGAUUCUGGAUUCUCAACAUCUACUUCAACGGGAGACCGAAGCGAAAAGGCAGAUGUUAGAAUAGAAGACAAACACCUUUGUUAUAAGAAUGAAGCUGAUACACGGCCACAGCUGCCAAACACAGAAAAAGAUGGAGGCGACCUUGAAUUGAUUAAGACCAACCGAGAAGCUACUCUACACGAGGCUUGUCAGGGGGGCAGGCUGGAUGCCGUGACACAUAUUGUGACUAGGGGCCUGGCUGAUAUCAACUGUCGAGGCAGGCUGGGGAGAACCCCACUCAUGGUGGCUGCAAGGGGAGGGUACUUGUCAAUAGUUAACUUCUUGAUCAGACACGACUGUGAAAUUAGUGAGGUUGAUGAUUAUAAUGACACCGUCCUUCAUGUUGCCUGUAUGAGUAGAAAUGUAGAUGUGGUGAAACGUAUUCUAUCACAAAAUACAGUUAACAUGGAAAAGAAGGGACGAUAUGCCUGGACACCCGUGAUGAGAGCAGCAAACAAGGGUCACAGAGAACUGUUCGACCUCCUAGUGAGUAAAGGGUGUGAUCUGUCAGUUGUGGAUGGGAAUAGGAACAACAUUCUUCACGUGGCAUGUCUUGGUGGCAAUGUCGACAUCUGCAAGUACCUCCUCUCAAACGACAUAGUUGGAAUAGAGAGUAGAGGACAAUACAACAUGACACCCGUGAUGAUAGCAGCAAGCAAGGGUCACAGAGAACUGUUCGACUUCCUUGUGAGUAAAGGGUGUGAUCUGUCAGUUGUGGAUGGGAAUAGGAACAACAUUCUUCACGUAGCAUGUCUUGGUGGCAAUGUCGACUUCUGCAAGUACCUCCUCUCAAACGACAUAGUUGGAAUAAAGAGAAGAGGACAAUACAACAUGACACCCGUGAUGAAAGCAGCAAGCAAGGGUCACAGAGAACUGUUCGACUUCCUUGUGAGUAAAGGGUGUGAUCUGUCAGUUGUGGAUGGGAACAGGGACAACAUUCUUCAUGUGGCAUGUCUUGGUGGCAAUGUCGACAUCUGCAAGUACCUCCUCUCAAACGACAUAGUUGGAAUAGAGAGUAGAGGACAAUACAACAUGACACCCGUGAUGGUAGCAGCAAACACGGGUCACAGAGAACUGUUCGACUUCCUUGUGAGUAAAGGCUGUGAUCUGUCAGUUGUGGAUGGGAACAGGGACAACAUUCUUCAUAUGGCAUGUCUUGGUGGCAAUGUCGACAUCUGCAAGUACCUCCUCUCAAACGACAUAGUUGGAAUAGAGAGUAGAGGACAAUACAACAGGACACCCGUGAUGAAAGCAGCAAGCGAGGGUCACAGAGAACUGUUCGACUUCCUUGUGAGUAAAGGGUGUGAUCUGUCAGUUGUGGAUGGGAACAGGGACAACAUUCUUCAUAUGGCAUGUCUUGGUGGCAAUGUCGACAUCUGCAAGUACCUCCUCUCAAAAAACAUAGUUGGAAUAGAGAGUAGAGGACAAUACAACAGGACAACCGUGAUGAUAGCAGCAAGCAUGGGUCACAGAGACCUGUUCGACUUCCUUGUGAAUAAAGGGUGUGAUCUGUCAGUUGUGGAUGGGGAUGGGAACAACAUUGUUCACGUGGCAUGUCUUGGUGGUAAUGUCGACAUCUGCAAGUACCUCCUCUCAAACGACAUAGUUGGAAUAGAGAGUAGAGGACAAUACAAGAGGACACCCGUGAUGAAAGCAGCAAGCAAGGGUCACAGAGAACUGUUCGACUUCCUUUUGAAUAAAGGGUGUGAUCUGUCAGUUGUGGAUGGGGAUGGGAACAACAUUCUUCACGUGGCAUGUCUUGGUGGCAAUGUCGACAUCUGCAAGUACCUCCUCUCAAACGACAUAGUUGGAAUAGAGAGUAGAGGACAAUACAACUGGACACCCGUGAUGCUAGCAGCAAACAAGGGUCACAGAGAACUGUUUGACUUCCUUGUGAGUAAAGGGUGUGAUCUGUCAGUUGUGGAUGGGAACAGGGACAACAUUCUUCACCUGGCAUGUCUUGGUGGCAAUGUCGACAUCUGCAAGUACCUCCUCUCAAACGACAUAGUUGGAAUAGAGAGUAGAGGACAAUACAACUGGACACCCGGGAUGCUAGCAGCAAACAAGGGUCACAGAGACCUGCUUGACUUCCUUGUGAGUAAAGGGUGUGAUCUGUCAGUUGUGGAUGUGAACAGGGACAACAUUCUUCACCUGGCAUGUGUUGGUGGCAAUGUCGACAUCUGCAAGUACCUCCUCUCAAACGACAUAGUUGGAAUAGAGAGUAGAGGACAAUACAACUGGACACCCGUGAUGCUAGCAGCAAACAAGGGUCACAGAGAACUGUUUGACUUCCUUGUGAGUAAAGGGUGUGAUCUGUCAGUUGUGGAUGGGAACAGGGACAACAUUCUUCACCUGGCAUGUCUUGGUGGCAAUGUCGACAUCUGCAAGUACCUCCUCUCAAACGACAUAGUUGGAAUAGAGAGUAGAGGACAAUACAACUGGACACCCGGGAUGCUAGCAGCAAACCAGGGUCACAGAGACCUGCUUGACUUCCUUGUGAGUAAAGGGUGUGAUCUGUCAGUUGUGGAUGUGAACAGGGACAACAUUCUUCACCUGGCAUGUGUUGGUGGCAAUGUCGACAUCUGCAAGUACCUCCUCUCAAACGACAUACUAGGAAUAGAGAGUAGAGGACAAUACAACAGGACACCCGUGAUGAAAGCAGCAAGCAAUGGUCACAGAGAACUGUUUGACUUCCUUGUGAGUAAAGGGUGUGAUCUGUCAGUUGUGGAUGUGAACAGGGACAGCAUUCUUCACCUGGCAUGUCUUGGUGGCAAUGUCGACAUCUGCAAGUACCUCCUCUCAAACGACAUACUAGGAAUAGAGAGUAGAGGACAAUACAACAGGACACCCGUGAUGAAAGCAGCAAACAAGGGUCACAGAGAACUGUUCGACUUCCUUGUGAGUAAAGGGUGUGAUCUGUCAGUUGUGGAUGGGAACAGGAACAACAUUCUUCACGUGGCAUGUGUUGGUGGCAAUGUCGACAUCUGCAAGUACCUCCUCUCUAAAGACAUAGCUGGAAUAGAGAGUAGAGGACAAUACAACAUGACACCCGUGAUGAUAGCAGCAAGCAUGGGUCACAGAGAACUGUUUGACUUCCUUGUGAGUAAAGGGUGUGAUCUGUCAGUUGUGGAUGUGAACAGGAACAACAUUCUUCACCGGGCAUGUCUUGGUGGCAAUGUCGACAUCUGCAAGUACCUCCUCUCAAACGACAUAGUCGGAAUAGAGAGUAGAGGACAAUACAACAGGACGCCCUUGAUGGUAGCAGCAAGCAAUGGUCACAGAGAACUGUUCGACUUCCUUGUGAGUAAAGGGUGUCAUCUGUCUGUUGUGGAUGGGGAUGGGGACAACAUUCUUCACGUGGCAUGUUUUGGUGGCAAUGUCGACAUCUGCAAGUACCUCCUCUCAAAAGAUAUAGUUGGAAUAGAGAGUAGAGGACAAUACAACAGGACGCCCUUGAUGAUAGCUGCAAGCAAGGGUCACAGAGAAAUGUUCGACUUCCUUGUUAGUAAAGGGUGUGAUUUGUCAGUUGUGGACGGGAACAGGAACAACAUUCUUCACGUGGCAUGUGUUGGUGGCAAUGUCGACAUCUGCAAGUACCUCCUCUCAAAAGAUAUAGUUGGAAUAGAGAGUAGAGGACAAUACAACAUGACACCCGUGAUGAUGGCAGCAAACAAUGGUCACAGAGAACUGUUUGACUUCCUUGUUAGUAAAGGGUGUGAUUUGUCAGUUGUGGACGGGAACAGGAACAACAUUCUUCACGUGGCAUGUGUUGGUGGCAAUGUCGACAUCUGCAAGUACCUCCUCUCAAAAGAUAUAGUUGGAAUAGAGAGUAGAGGACAAUACAACAUGACACCCGUGAUGAUGGCAGCAAACAAUGGUCACAGAGAACUGUUUGACUUCCUUGUGAGUAAAGGGUGUGAUCUGUCAGUUGUGGAUGGGGAUGGGGACACCAUUCUUUACGUGGCAUGUGUUGGUGGCAAUGUCGACAUCUGCAAGUACCUCCUCUCAAACGACAUAGUUGGAAUAGAGAGUAGAGGAGAAUACAACAGGACGCCCGUGAUGGUAGCAGCAAGCAAUGGUCACAGAGAACUGUUCGACUUCCUUGUGAGUAAAGGGUGUGAUCUGUCUGUUGUGGAUGGGGAUGGGGACAACAUUCUUCACGUGGCAUGUCUUGGUGGCAAUGUCGACAUCUGCAAGUACCUCCUCUCAAACGACAUAGUUGGAAUAGAGAGUAGAGGACAAUACAACUGGACGCCCGUGAUGGUAGCAGCAAGCAAUGGUCACAGAGAACUGUUUGACUUCCUUGUGAGUAAAGGGUGUGAUCUGUCAGUUGUGGAUGGGGAUGGGGACAACAUUGUUCACGUGGCAUGUUUUGGUGGUAAUGUCGACAUCUGCAAGUACCUCCUCUCAAACGACAUAGCUGGAAUAGAGAGUAGAGGACAAUACAACAGGACGCCCUUGAUGAUAGCUGCAAACAAGGGUCACAGAGAAAUGUUCGACUUGCUUGUGAGUAAAGGGUGUGAUCUGUCAGUUGUGGACGGGAACAGGAGCAACAUUCUUCACGUGGCAUGUGUUGGUGGCAAUGUCGACAUCUGCAAGUACCUCCUCUCAAACGACAUAGCUGGAAUAGAGAGUAGAGGACAAUACAACAGGACGCCCUUGAUGAUAGCUGCAAACAAGGGUCACAGAGAAAUGUUCGACUUCCUUGUGAGUAAAGGGUGUGAUCUGUCAGUUGUGGACGGGAACAGGAGCAACAUUCUUCACGUGGCAUGUCUUGGUGGCAAUGUCGACAUCUGCAGGUACCUCCUCUCAAACGACAUAGUCGGAAUAGAGAGUAGAGGACAAUACAACAGGACGCCCUUGAUGGUAGCAGCAAGCAAUGGUCACAGAGAACUGUUCGACUUCCUUGUGAGUAAAGGGUGUCAUCUGUCUGUUGUGGAUGGGGAUGGGGACAACAUUCUUCACGUGGCAUGUCUUGGUGGCAAUGUCGACAUCUGCAAGUACCUCCUCUCAAACGACAUAGUUGGAAUAGAGAGUAGAGGAGAAUACAACAGGACGCCCGUGAUGGUAGCAGCAAGCAAUGGUCACAGAGAACUGUUUGACUUCCUUGUGAGUAAAGGGUGUGAUCUGUCAGUUGUGGAUGGGGAUGGGGACAACAUUCUUCACGUGGCAUGUCUUGGUGGCAAUGUCGACAUCUGCAAGUACCUCCUCUCAAACGACAUAGUUCGAAUAGAGAGUAGAGGACAAUACAACUGGACGCCCGUGAUGGUAGCAGCAAACCAGGGUCACAGAGAACUGUUCGACUUCCUUGUGAGUAAAGGGUGUGAUCUGUCUGUUGUGGAUGGGGAUGGGGACAACAUUCUUCACCGGGCAUGUCUUGGUGGCAAUGUCGACAUCUGCAAGUACCUCCUCUCAAACGACAUAGUUCGAAUAGAGAGUAGAGGACAAUACAACUGGACGCCCGUGAUGGUAGCAGCAAACCAGGGUCACAGAGAAAUGUUCGACUUCCUUGUGAGUAAAGGGUGUGAUCUGUCAGUUGUGGACGGGAACAGGAGCAACAUUCUUCACGUGGCAUGUUUUGGUGGCAAUGUCGACAUCUGCAAGUACCUCCUCUCAAAAGAUAUAGUUGGAAUAGAGAGUAGAGGACAAUACAACAGGACGCCCUUGAUGAUAGCUGCAAGCAAGGGUCACAGAGAAAUGUUCGACUUCCUUGUUAGUAAAGGGUGUGAUUUGUCAGUUGUGGACGGGAACAGGAACAACAUUCUUCACGUGGCAUGUGUUGGUGGCAAUGUCGACAUCUGCAAGUACCUCCUCUCAAAAGAUAUAGUUGGAAUAGAGAGUAGAGGACAAUACAACAUGACACCCGUGAUGAUGGCAGCAAACAAUGGUCACAGAGAACUGUUUGACUUCCUUGUUAGUAAAGGGUGUGAUUUGUCAGUUGUGGACGGGAACAGGAACAACAUUCUUCACGUGGCAUGUGUUGGUGGCAAUGUCGACAUCUGCAAGUACCUCCUCUCAAAAGAUAUAGUUGGAAUAGAGAGUAGAGGACAAUACAACAUGACACCCGUGAUGAUGGCAGCAAACAAUGGUCACAGAGAACUGUUUGACUUCCUUGUGAGUAAAGGGUGUGAUCUGUCUGUUGUGGAUGGGGAUGGGGACAACAUUCUUCACGUGGCAUGUGUUGGUGGCAAUGUCGACAUCUUCAGGUACCUCCUCUCAAACGACAUAGUUAGAAUAGAGAGUAGAGGACAAUACAACUGGACGCCCGUGAUGGUAGCAGCAAGCAAGGGUCACAGAGAACUGUUCGACUUCCUUGUGAGUAAAGGGUGUGAUCUGUCAGUUGUGGAUGGGGAUGGGGACACCAUUCUUUACGUGGCAUGUGUUGGUGGCAAUGUCGACAUCUGCAAGUACCUCCUCUCAAACGACAUAGUUGGAAUAGAGAGUAGAGGACAAUACAACUGGACGCCCGUGAUGGUAGCAGCAAGCAAGGGUCACAGAGAACUGUUCGACUUCCUUGUGAGUAAAGGGUGUGAUCUGUCAGUUGUGGAUGGGAACAGGGACAACUUUGUUCACGUGGCAUGUUUUGGUGGUAAUGUCGACAUCUGCAAGUACCUCCUCUCAAACGACAUAGUUGGAAUAGAAAGUAGAGGACAAUACAACUGGACGCCCGUGAUGGUGGCAGCAAGCAAUGGUCACAGAGAACUGUUUGACUUCCUUGUGAGUAAAGGGUGUGAUCUGUCAGUUGUGGAUGGGGAUGGGAACAACAUUCUUCACGUGGCAUGUUUUGGUGGUAAUGUCGACAUCUGCAAGUACCUCCUCUCAAACGACAUAGUUGGAAUAGAGAGUAGAGGACAAUACAACAGGACACCCUUGAUGAUAGCAGCAAACAAGGGUCACAGAGAACUGUUUGACUUCCUUGUGAGUAAAGGGUGUGAUCUGUCAGUUGUGGUUGGGGAUGGGACACCAUUCUUCAUAUGACAUUUCUUGGUGGCAAUGUCGACAUCCUCAAGUACUUUGUCACAAAAGGUAUGGCUGAUGAGAUGAUGAAAAGAACAAGCGUUGUCACACUCCCUUGCAAGUUGCAGAAUCACGUGGCCACGAUGAUGUUGUUAGUAUUCUUACGUCAAU